AUGGCCUCCAAGACCAUCGAAGAGGGGAAAUCCCCUCAGAUGAUGCAGCUUAAGUAUACUGUCCCCGUGGAGAGCGACGAGAUACAAAAUGCAAACGAUGUCUUUUGGGAUGGCACCGACGAUCGAUCAAAUCCCAAGAACUGGACCGUCUUCUACCGAUGGUCUCACAUUGUCAUCAUUUCUCUUGUGACCUUUGUCACGUCACUCGGUUCAUCGAUGCUAGCUCCCGCAGUGCCAGAAGUGAUGAAAGCGCUUCACUCCAAUAACUCGGAAUUGGAAUCAUUCGUGGUAUCAAUCUACGUCAUUGGAUUCGCGGUCGGCCCUCUACUGGUUGCGCCAUUGUCAGAACUUUAUGGCCGUGCCAUUGUCUACAAUGUGUCGAAUGUGAUCUUCUUCGGUGCGACGAUUGGAUGUGCCCUGAGCACCAAUGUAGGCAUGUUUCUUGCGUUCCGCUUACUAUGCGGUUGUGCAGGAGCUACUCCUCUGGCUCUAGGUGGAGGCUCGAUCAGUGACCUGAUGGAGCCUGAGCGGAUGGGGACUGCAAUGGCGAUCUGGGGUCUGGGGUCGCUAGCACCACCGGUGUUCUCACCCAUUGCUGGUGGAUACCUAGGCCAAUACGUGGGCUGGAGAUGGAUCUUUUGGGUGAUUGCAAUUCCAAUGGGUGUUCUCACAGUUAUUUUCCCCUUUUUAAUUCGCGAAACCUACGCCCCUGUCCUUUUGGAGCGCAAAGCGAGGCACCUACGCAAAGAAACAGGGAACCCUCAUUUGAAAUCACGGCUUGAUAGGCAACUCUCUCAGAAAAGACUUCUGCUUGACACUUUCCUCCGACCUCCUCGGAUAUUGUUCACAUCACAUAUUGUGACAUUACUUGCAAUAAACACGGCCAUAGUAUAUGGGUACCAGUACCUAGUCUUUACGACGCUUUCAUACAUCUUCCAAGACCAGUACCAUCUAUCAACGGGUCUUUCAGGACUAGUCUACUUGGGUAGUGGAAUCGGAACAAUCCUGGGGAUUUUCAUCAUCGGGUACGCCUCCGACAAAGUCACCGAGCGCAGGAAAGCAAAAUCUUUGGACCCGAAUGAACCCCUUCCACCAGAAAGCUGGCUUUGGCCUAUGGUCCCCUCAAGCUUUUUAGUGCCUGCAGGCCUGUUCUGGUACGGCUGGUCAUUGCAGGGAAAUACCUUCCCAGUGGUACCACUAGUGGGCCUGGGUACAUUCGGAUUCGCUAUGAUGGGUAUCUUCCAGCCGGUGCAAAUCUACGUGGUCAAUGCAUUUGACAAGCAGGCCGCUUCCGCCAUGGCAGCAACUACUGUGCUGAGAAGUUUAGUAGGUGCUUUGCUGCCUCUCGGAGGACAAAAAAUAUACGAUGCUCUAGGUAUGGGAUGGGGAAAUAGCUUGCUCGCCUUCUUUGCGCUGGGACUCGUCCCGGUUCCGUUUUUGAUGAUGAAAUAUGGGGCGAGACUGAGGAGAAACGAUCCAAACUUGAGGUAA